UUCCAGUAGGGGCGUUAUCCCCGUUGCCAAGCCGCCACCUCCGGUUUAUGUUAGGUAGUUCUGGAGUUGGGUGAAGACUUCUAGCUCCAUUUGACACCACCCCUCGUCAGUCCGUAUUCCGCAGUCAGCGAUGGCACCAGCCGAAUAUACUUCCGUUGGAGCUGGAUCGCUGAAACUAAAAGGCGCCGCUGGCGUGGAGAAGAAAAAGAAGAAAAAGAAGACGAGACCAGGAGGCGAAGCAGCAGAGACCUCCUCCAAGCGAGACGUACCGCCACAAGUCAACGAGAACCACUCAAGCUCAUUGAACAACGAUCAAACAGAAAAUGCGACUACAAGCAAUGAUGAUACCAUGGGUGACAACAUUGACAAGCAGCUAGCUGACUUCAAGGCUCGUGGUGGUAAAACUGAAGCGGAGCUCAGAUUCGAGGAGCAGAGAAAACGAAGACUCAAUGAGCGAUUGAAGCGAGAAGGCGUCAAGACUCAUAAGGAGAAAGUUGAGGACCUGAAUAGAUACUUGAGUACCCUCAGCGAACAUCAUGACAUGCCUCGCAUCGGACCCGGCUAACAUGCGCUUCAUCAUACUUAUAUAAUUCCAUACCUCGAAUAUUUCAUACAGUGCCACAACGUACAUACUAUACUGUACGAUAUGACGUCGAUCGAGUCUGAGUCUUUCAAAAGUCUUCGAAUGGCACACGCCAACAGACAAGUGCAUGCCCUUCAUCAGUGGGUUAA